UGAGCCAGCUCGGCGCCAUUUAUCAAGGUAAUGUUGGCGAGGAAUGUACAUUUGAACGGCUGCAUGUUGUGGGGUGCGGGUGUUGUGCAAAAAAAAAAAAAAAAUAAAAAAAUAAAAAUGAAAAAGGGCGGACGUUUGCGCCAGCUGUGUUGCGCUCGCUCAGAGCAACACAAAAUGAAGGAUGGAGUGCAAGACAAAACGAUUUGUGGACACCUUACGCUUAAGGACGCAUUUCUCUAAACACAUCUGCUCUUCUCAACAAUUUAUAUUUUCAUCAUUUUUUUUAUCCGCAGCCCCCUUAUUUUGACUUUUCAAUCACUGGCACACAACUUUACGAGCUAACUGUAAAAAAAAGGAGCUCGCUCAAAUGUUACAGCCAUCUUGUCAGACCCCUAAAUGUGCAUAUUGAAUUGAGUGGAUUCAAUAAACACCCUAAAGCAGAUCAAAAUAUUUUAAUUUGCCCUACCAAACAUGAUAAUGAUGAUAACAAAUAUUGUAUAAAAAAACAUAAUAGAAUGUAGUACAAACAACCACGGUAGUUUUAUGAAGUAGUGUAAUAAUGAUGUACAUCAUUUAUCUUGGAGAGUGGACUUCUACAGUAUAUCCUUUUAGCUGCUUCUCAGUCAAACACACCAUCAGCAGCUUUUCAGUAUUUUCAUGUACAGAUGUCCACCGUUUAUAUCGGGGGUCAGCAACCCGUGGUUCUUUAGUGCCGCCCUAAAUAAAAGAUUGAAAAUGGAAAAAGAUGGGGGGGAAAUUACAAACAAACGCAACAGUUUGUUUACAUCUAAAAUCUUCCACUCCUUCUUUGUCUCAUUUUGUCCACCAAAGGUUUCAUGCUGUGGCUGAAUGCACAAAGGUGCGCUUUGUCGAUGCUAUUGACUUUUUGGAGUGCUAAUCAGGCAUGUUUGGUCAGUGCAUGACUGCAAGCUAAUCGAGGCUAACAUGCUAUUUAGGCUAGCUGUAUGUACAUAUUGCAUCAUUAUGCCUCAUUUGUAGGUAUAUUUGAGAUAAUUUAAUAUCCUUUACUUUUAUCUUCUUUGUAUAUAAUUUAGUUUUGCAUUUCUCAUGACACAUUGUCUGUAUGUAAUAUUGGCUGCAUUUCCCAUAGUUGUUUGUGUGCCAUGUUGUUCCAGACCACAGCAAACAUUACCUAGCUUGCCAAAUUUUGUAAUAAAUCUAUUAAAAGACGACAGCCUGCCGUUUCCUUUCACUUGGACACACACAUCUAUAUAUUUGGCCAUUAAAAGCCAGUCAUUUCCAGGAGUUAUCUCACCUUCUGAGUAACCUGAUUUACUAAUGGUUUCUAAUGUUGUAACAAUGUGUAGAAUAAAUAUUACAUUUCAACAUUUCUGUCAACGAAGAUUUGCUCCAGCCUGCGACACACAGUAAUUUUGAUAGUAGGCUAUUAUAGCUAAUAUAGACACUUACAUCAUGUAUUGCCUUCAUUAUAAGACUUUUAUAGGUCUUUUUAUUUUUUGCGGCUCCAGACAGAUUUGUUUUAUGGAUUUUUGGUCCAAUAUGGCUCUUUCAACGUUUUGGGUUGCCGACCCCUGGUUUAGAUAUUUUAACAUCCUUGGCUAUUGCCUUAUCAACUCAUUCUACUUCAGUAUGGUGCAGGCUAGCAGUGAUACGCUCAAAUUGCUUUGGCAAGUUGUUUUCAAUGAUUUUUUUUCUUCGGUUAAAUUAAUAUCAUCCACUUCUUCUUUUCAGCACUGCCCUUCAUGCUCAUUUUCUUCCUUUCCAUGGUUGAAGAAACCAAGUUAUGUCGAUCUCUAGCUAUAAGCUAAUUCUAGCGAGUAAUACCAGAUGUUUUUUGGCGGAUCUUACAGGGUUCACUGUGACUUUUGCUAGGCCAACUGAUGGCGGGGAUGCUUGGAACAGAAAUUUUAGCUUGUGAUUUCAACAUGCACCUGGGGAUAGGUUGAUUGGCAACACUAAAUUGGCUCUAGUGUGUAAAUGUGAGUGUGAAUGUUGUCUGUCUAUCUGUGUUGGCCCUGUGAUGAGGUGGCGACUUGUCCAGGGUGCACCCCGCCUUCCGCCCGAAUUUAGCUGAGAUAGCCUCCAGCACCCCCCGCGACCCCGAACGGGACAAGCGGUAGAAUAUGGAUGGAUGGAUGGAUUUCAAGCAUAACAAUUAGUAUAUAAGUGCCCAAUUGAAAGGAUGCACUGGUCCAUAAACACACUGCCCUUGCCUCUAUAUGUUGAGUUGGGUGUCCACUCACUGAGUGGCCUUCUGUGGACGCUCCUGCUCUUGUUCCUGUGGCACUGUUACCGAAUGGGCUCAGACCUCCCCUUAGCGGCUCACGCACAAGGUGGGAAAGCAGUUUCAAGAAGAUUGGCGAUGUCCUGUAGCGGAAGCUGUGCUGGAAGAAAGUAUCAUGAACAGUCCAUGGAAACAGAAGAGGACGAGGAGACAGGGCAGGGAUACGUCACGCCGGUGCUGAGCCAUGCCCUGUUCCCAGUUCAGGCAUCCACCGAGGCCAGGAAACUCUACUCAGCCCUGCAAGAAUACGCUAAACGUUACAGCUGGGCGGGAAUGGGCCGAAUACAUAAAGGCCUCCGAGAACAGGUCAGACUGAAUGAUCACUCGACUAUACAAAAGCCACAGCUCUUCUUCCUGCCAGAUGUCCCUAGUGUUCCUUUCUUUCCACGGGAUGCCCACAGGCAUGACAUUGAAGUAUUGGAAGUCAACUAUCACGUCAUCCUGGCGGAGUUCCAGGCCGUGUACCAGAGGGGCAAUGACUUCAAAGUUGGCUGGACUACUUUGGGGCCUAAGGGCCAGGCUGUGUUUCCACUGUACAGUGCAGGCGUGUGUGUGGCCGCCAACUGCCGCUCCUGUCCCUACACAUACCGGACCCUGCUCUCUCUUCGCACAUUUAUAAGCAGCAACUCUUUGGGAUCUGCCGGAUUCUGGUUGCUGGGGCCUGGUUCUACACUGGGCAGCUCGUACGGACCCACAAAUACAAGGCUGCGUUGCCACCUAGGUCUGCAAACUCCCCCUCUGUGUGAGCUGGUGGUGGGAGGGGAGCCUCAGUGCUGGUCUGAGGGACACUGCCUCCUGUUUGACGACUCAUUCCUACACACAGUCUCGCACAAAGGGCCCCCAGAAGCUGGACCUCGAGUCAUACUCAGUGUGGACCUCUGGCAUCCAAAUGUGGCUGCUGCUGAGAGACAAGCGUUGGACUUCAUGUUCAGUCCUGAUCUCUGAGGCGUGUGACUUGUCAAUCCACCCUGACCUUGGACCUGACGGUUACGCAACAUGCAGGGGUGUCUAAUUUGGACCCCUGCACGUUCAUGCAUUUCAACCCAGUCUAUGGAUCAGCUUCGGGAAUCGCUUAAACCAUUUUGCUCACACUGGUGUGCUUUCCCUGUGCAUGAUAACAUUGUUAUGGAUGAACUUUUGCCGUACAAGAAAAUGAGUUGUUCUUUCCUGUAAAUCAUGACGUUACAUAAUAUACUCACAAAUGCUGUUUGCAUGUGAAACGUGUCUUGUGUAAUGUUGCUGCCACAACAACCUGACAUGCUAUGAACGCAUGGCUAACAUACUGUGAAACUAUCGAAUAAAAAUAUAAAUUCUGA